CUUAGCUAGCUAAUACUAACAACAUUGAACAGUGUUGAGAAAUCACCGCUCACUUAUUUCGUAUGUGCAGAACACAUGUUCCAAGCUUGCCAUACAUUCGUUUUUAUUGCCUGUCCUCAAGACUGUAAGUUAAACGUUAUUCCCGCAUUUGUUCAUUUUUGUGACUGCACAGUCAGUGCACUAGUACCAAAUAUAUUUAUAACUAACCCCUUCUGUCUGUGCUAGGACUAGUAGCGAGCUAGCUAGCAUACCGGUUUGACAGAAUCACAGCAUGCUGCAAGCGACAAUUGCUAUACAGAGAGAUUUGUGAUGUAGCUACCAGUAAGUGAGAGCUGGCAACAAUCAAACAAUGGAAGAUGAUUCCCCAACCCUGAAACCCAGGCGCAUCCAGAACCAGAAUGUGGUCCAUCGACUGGAGCGGCGACGGAUCUGCUCUGGGCGGGCUGGAGCCCACUGGUAUCGCGUGCGCUGCUUCCACCAGAACCUAUUCCCCAACUUCACUGUGGUCAACGUAGAGAAGCCUCCCUGCUUCCUCCGCAAGUUCUCCCCAGAUGGACGCUGCUUCAUAGCCUUCUCCUCUGACCAGACCUCCCUGGAGAUCUAUGAGUACCAGGGCUGCCAGGCGGCUGAGGAUCUGCUGCUGGGGCAGGAUGGGGAGACCCUGGCAAAUGGCAACGACCAGCGCUCCCUCAACAUCCGCGGCCGCCUCUUUGAGCGCUUCUUUUCACUACUGCACGUCACUAAUGUGGCCUCCAAUGGGGAGCACCUGAACCGAGAGUGCAGCCUGUUCACUGAUGACUGUCGCUAUGUGAUCGUGGGCUCAGCGGUCUAUGUGCCAGAGGAGCCCUCUCCACACUUCUUUGAGGUGUACCGCAACAACGAGUCUGUGACUCCCAACCCACGCUCUCCUCUGGAGGACUACUCACUGCACAUCAUUGACCUGCACACUGGCCGGCUUUGUGACACCAGGUCCUUCAAGUGUGACAAGAUCAUCCUCUCGCACAACCAGGGACUCUACCUCUACCGUAACAUACUGGCUGUUCUUUCUGUUCAGCAGCAGACAAUCCAUGUCUUUCAGGUGACAUCAGAGGGGACGUUCCUGGACGUGCGGACCAUCGGUCGGUUCUGCUACGAGGACGACCUCCUGACUCUGUCUGCGGUGUACACUGAGGCCCGGGCCGAGGGCCAGCCAGGCUUCUCCCGCCUCUACAAGGAGAAGACCAUCAACUCCCUGAAGCACAGACUACUGGUCUACCUGUGGAGACGGGCUGAGCAGGACGGCAGCGCCACCGCCAAGCGACGCUUCUUCCAGUUCUUUGACCAGCUGAGACAGCUGAGGAUGUGGAAGAUGCAGCUGCUGGAUGAGCACCACCUCUUCAUCAAAUACACCAGCGAGGACGUGGUCACCCUGCGAGUCACUGACCCCUCUCAGCCCUCAUUCUUUGUAGUGUACAACAUGGUGAGCACAGAGGUGAUGGCAGUCUUUGAGAACACCUCUGACAAACUGCUGGAGCUGUUUGAGAACUUCUGUGACCUGUUCCGGAACGCCACGCUCCACAGUGAAGCUGUUCAGUUCCCCUGCUCAGCCUCCAGCAACAACUUUGCACGGCAGGUCCAGAGAAGGUUCAAAGACACCAUAGUGAAUGCAAAGUAUGGCGGUCACACUGAGGCUGUGAGGAGGCUGCUGGGACAGCUGCCCAUUAGUGCUCAGUCCUACAGCAGCAGCCCCUACCUCGAUCUUUCUCUCUUCAGCUAUGACGACAAGUGGGUUUCUGUGAUGGAACGGCCCAAAACAUGUGGAGACCACCCCAUCAGCUGCGCCGACAUCUGUUGGAGACAUCAAUCAUUCAGAGCGAGAUGGAGAUUCUGUUAGAUUCCACCGGAGCAGACUGGCAAAAUGCAUAAUUACACUUUUCUUGACCAGGUGUUUAUUAGAGUCUGCCAUUUAUUAGCUAAAAUGUUUAAAUGAUGCCCGGCCAUUAUAAAAGGCAGGGACUUGUUGGAGACUGUGUUUAAUCAACAUUUUAUGGUAACUGUAAGCUCUCUUGUUAUUGGAAGUAUUACAUUUAUUGUUUGGAAAUGAAACUACAAUAACUAAUAACGUUAUAGGACAACCAUUUGGAUGUAGCUGUGUGUUCCUAGAUACCCUCUUUCAUUUCAAACUCACAUUUGAAAAGACUGACUGUUUUUCUUGUUAACUGCAGGUUUUAUGCUCGGGACUCUGGCUUGCUGAAGUUCAAGAUCCAGGCAGGCCUGCUGGGCCGGCCCAUUAACCAUGCCGUCCGGCGGCUGGUG